UGCAACUGUCAACCAUGAAGAAUAUGUUGUCAAGCUUAACAACAUUUGUUACCUUUCUGAGUCUUACCCUGUGUCAGCCUGACGAUUUUCACGAUGCCGCACCAACCGCCAGCAAAGAAGCAUGUUUUGAGCAUACCGAAUUCCCUAACCCAAACGAAUGCUGCACGCGACCGAUUUGGGUUAAUCGAUACAUGUUACGGGCUUGUCGUUUCACGACUUCUGAAACUGACAACUAUCGGAAGGAGUUUGGAUCGUGCUCAGCAAGCUGUGGACUGUACAAAAUCAACGUAACUCUAGUGGACAAUCAGGUGAACAGGGUACGCUUGUUUAAACCAGCUAACAUAGAAACUGCUGAUACCGACUGGCUGGAAAAGAUAACUUCAUCGUUACGAUUGUGUAAAUCCAAGAUCACUUCCGUGAUCGGUCGUCAUGUCAGCGAAAAUAUGGAGAUGAAAAUGUGUGAACACGCGAAGGAUGUUUUCGAUGAUUGUUUGAACUCACAGUUAUUUCUGCACUGCCCGAUAAGGUCAUGGAUUCAUAACGAGGGAUGCGAUAUGGCGAAGUCUCAUCUAAUGGAAGAUUGUCCUUACAAAUCGCUGGGAGCGGUGGUCGCGAGUGAAAAUCGAAGUGAUCAUGACCUAGAGGAGCUAGAGUUUGCGGAGGACUCUGCGCUGGAGGGCGAAUAG